AUGAUCGUGCGUGUACGCUCCAAGGACGGCAACUUCCGCUUCGAGCUCCAGCCCACCGAUGACGCCGUCAAGCUCAUCCAACAGGUGCUCGACACCAUGCCCAGCGCCGAUCCAGAGUCUCUCACCUUUUCGAACCAGCCAAGAGGUGGAGAGUUCAAGGCGGAUACGCUCAAGGGCAGCACUCUCAGCGAGCUCGGUAUCGGCCAUGGCCACCUGCUCUUCGCCGCGUACACUGAAGCUGCUGCUGCAGCAGCUGCUUCUUCGUCAGCCCCAGAUGCUGCGCCGUCUUCUUCCGCCACGUCGUCUACUGCUCCCACUCAUGCUCAGGCCGCGGCCACCUCUUCCUCGGGGCAGCCCUCGUCCUCUGCCGCAUCUCGGCCAAAGAAGCCGUGGGAGACCGCCAAGGAGCACAGCGUAGACACCUACUGGGAGGCCCAGGAGGGCAAGAUCACCCGCAAAAAGGACUCGCAAUUCUGCCGACACGGUCCCAUGGGAAUGUGCGACUACUGCAUGCCCCUCGAGCCCUACGACUCAAAGUACCAGACCGAAAACAACAUCAAGCAUCUCUCCUUCCACGCCUACCUGCGCAAGCAGGACAUCGCCACCAACAAGCCCGCCCAGUCCUUCAUCCCGCCGCUCGAAGAGGUCGACUACACCGUCAAGAAGCCAUGCCCAUCAGCCACCCAUCCCAGCUGGCCCGCAGGCAUCUGCACAAAGUGUCAGCCAUCUGCUAUCACGCUUCAGCGUCAGCCGUACCGCAUGGUCGACCACGUCGAGUUCGCCCAUCCCGACCUCAUCGAGAACAUCCUCGCCUUCUGGCGUAGCACCGCAACACAGCGCUUCGGCUUCCUUCUCGGCCGCUACGAGGCAUAUCCCGACGUACCGAUGGGCAUCAAGGCUGUUGUCGAGGCGAUUCAUGAGCCGCCACAAGAGGGCGAGCUCGACGGUCUCACCCUCGGCGUGCCCUGGGAAGAGCAGCCUCGCAUCGAGAAGCUCGCCAAGAUGUGUGGCCUCGAGUUUGUCGGAAUGAUCUACUCGGAUCUCAGCCCCGCCGACCCGACCCACAAAGACUCGUCGCUCGCCGGCAAGGUCAUGUGCAAGCGCCACAAGGAUAGCUUCUUCCUCUCGGGCAUCGAGACCAUCUUUGCAGCCCAGCUCCAGCUCGGCAAUCCCAACCCUUCUCGCUUCAGCUCCUCGGGCCGCUUCAACUCCAAAUUCGUCACCUGCAUCCUCAGCGGAACCGAUGAGGGCGCCAUUGACGUCUCGGCCUACCAGAUCAGCGAGCAGGGAAUGGGCAUGGUUCAAGCCGACAUGAUCGAGGCGAGCGUCAACCCCAACAUCAUCCGCGUCAAGCCCAGCGAAGGAGAGAGAUACGUCCCCGAAGUCUUCUACCGCUACACCAACGAGUACAAGAUCGACGUCAAGGAGAGCGCCAAGCCCACCUUCCCCGUCGAGUACCUCAUCGUCAACGCGACGCACGGCUUCCCCAAUGCGCCCAACCCUACCUUCCUCAGCUCGGCCUUCCCCAUCGAGAACCGACCUGGCCUGCACGAUCAGGACCUCACUGUAGCCCUCACCAGCAUCGGCAAGAUCGUGUGUCAGAAGGAGCUGUUCCCCAUCGGCGACGGCGUCGAGAGCACCAAGGGCAAGUCGAGGGCCGACGACGACCAGGUGCGCGAGAAGCUCGUGGGCAUCGUGAGCGACUGGCAUCUGCUGGCUUUCCUCGACACCAGCGGCUUCCUCGACCAGGACGAUAUGGCGGCGCUGUGCAAGCUCGCCACUGCGCAUGAUUCGGGCGCCGCACUCGACGCGCUCCUUCUUCGUCCGGGCUGGCAGACGCUCAUGGCGCUUGCCCGAGAACUUGCGCCGCAAUCCGGCAGCAGUGGCAACAACACUGCUGCACCUGCCAAGGAUCCCUUCACUUAUGACGGAGGCAUGGAUUCCGAUGACGAUGUCGGCUUUGACGAUGCCAACGAGGACUUUUACGACGACGGCGAGGGCGACGACGAUGACGAUGUGCAGAUCUCGCACGUGCGUCGCGCGUCGGCACGGAAUGAAGCCGCCGACACGGACGCAGCUACAGCGGCUGCGAUUGCGGCCGCGAGCGCAGAGGAUGCGCCUGCGGGCGUCAAGGUGUGCUCCCACUGCACGUACCACAAUGAAUCCUCGGCGAGCGACUGCGAGAUCUGCGGAUUGCCCCUUUAG